UAACGGAUCAAAGUAGCACCAGGGUUUCAUUGGAUAUGUACAGAUACAAAGACUGGGACCAAAUAUCUCUGAUAGAAGGAUAUGUAUGCGUCAUGGUUUCACCCGACCGUCAAGGCCACAUAGUAGCAACUUUCCCGAAGGAAAGCGGGUACGGAAGAUACAGGAAUAUGACGCCGCACCAUCACAAUAGCUCAGCCCUCAUCCUCUGCAACAAAUCAACACCGUGAGAUGGACUCAUCGCAAAGGAUAUAACGAGAGCGAACCAAGCAACAACGCUCAAUCUUGUGAGCACCCCGAAGAGCGCCUCGCUCCAUCAACCAGAAAGUAACAACGCCAUCCAGAAGAACGAACCUCUGUGCUGUUGGCUAACGCUUCAAGCGGUUGAA